UAUGAUUCAUCAUCAUCAUCAGGUUUUGAUGAUGAUGAUGAUGAUGAUUCACAACAACAACAAAUGAUACAUCAACAAGAAAAAGAUACAAGUAGUGAAGAAGAUAUACUUAAAAAUGAUCAAGAAGAAAAUGUUAAUAUAUCCGAUAAUGAUAAUAUGGAUAAUAUUAAUAUAUCAAAUAAUAAUGAUGAUAUUGAUAUUGAUGUUGAUAAGAUUAUUGAUGAAAAUAAUGAUGAGGAUGAUAGUAGUGCAAGUGGUGGUAGUAGUAGUGGUUCGGGUGUUGAUGAAGAAGAAGAUUCUUCCGAUUCGAAUGAUAAUAAUAAUGAUGAAGAAUCGGAAGAAGAACAAUCAGCAAAAUUAGUACGAAAAAAUCCAGAAAUUGAAACAAACAAAAAUGAAUCAAAUGUUAUCGAUGAUGAAUCAAAUAAUCAAUAUUUAAAAAAUCAUUCAUCAAUCGAUGAACAAUUUGGUAAACGUAAAAUUAUGAAACCAGAUCAAAUGAUGAUGAUGAUAAUAAAUCGACAACAUCAUAAACGUCAUCAACAACAACAAAAAAAUCAUCAUAAUUUAACAGCACCUGUAAAGAAAAAAUCAUUAUUUCGUAAUCAUAAUCCAAAAUCAAUUCAAACUACUACCGUAAAUAGUUUAAUUACAUUACCGACAAUAACAACAACGGAAAAAUCAUUUAAUGAAAUAACAAUGACUACGAUAGCGACACCUACAACCACCAACAAUAAUAUUGUAUUGAAUGGUGAAAUGGAUGAAUCAUUAAAUCUAAGUGAUGAACAUUUUAUUGAUCUUGAAGAUGAAUUUAAUCAACGUAAUAUAAAAAAUCAAACCAAAAAUGAUAAUGAUGAUGAUGAUGAUAAAAAUCUAAAAAAUCGUUUGAUUAAAAAACGUAAACCACAACAUGUUGGAAAAUGGAUGGAUUUUGAAACAUUUGAAUUAAGAAAUGAUGCUGAUAAUAUUGAUGAUGAUGAUACGGAUGAUGAAGAUGAUGAUGUGGAUGAUCAUGAAUCAACCAUAACACAAUCACCAUUACCUGUAGUUGAUAUUGAUUUUAAACCUGUAGUACGAAAACCAGUAAUGAUGGCAAAAGAACAUUUUACAAUCAACAAUAAUAAUAAUAAUGAUAAUAUACGACAAAGAUUUUCAAAUUCACCACGUUUUAUACGACAAAAUAUACCUGAUGAUACGGAUGGUUCAAUGUUACAAUUAGGACAAACAUUAUCCGGUAUACCGGGUGAAGAUUAUCCAAUAUUUAGUACAAUACCACGUACAAAUUUUAAUUGUUUAGAUCAUAAAUGGCCUGGUUAUUAUGCUGAUAUUGAUACACAAUGUCAGGUAUUUCAUAUUUGUCAAAGUGGUGGUCGUAAAAAUUCAUUUCUUUGUCCAAAUGGUACAAUGUUUAAUCAACAAUUAUUUACUUGUGAUUGGUGGCAUAAUGUACAAUGUGAUCAAGUAGCUAAACAUUAUGAAUUAAAUGCACAAAUAUAUAAUGAAAAUCAUCAAUUAGGAAAUAAUUGGGAAUCAAUUAGAUCAAUUAAUGAUGUUAAUGAUAAUUCAAUAAGAUCAAAAUCACAACCAUUAAGAGUUAGUAUUAGACGUAUGGCAUUACUUGAUAAUAUUGAUAAUAGUACUGAUGAUCAUCAAUCAUUAUGGAAAAUAACAACAAGAACAACAUCAACAUCAGAUAUUGAUAAUUCAACAACAACAACAUUGAAACCGGUAACCAAAACAACAACAACAUCGACUACAGAAUUACCUAUAUCGACACAAUCAUUACCAUUUGGUGCAAGACGUAGUAAUAGUUUAAAAUUUCGUCAACAAACAAUUAAAUCAUCAUCAUUACAGGAACGUGAACAAACAACAAUUCCAACAACAACAGCUUUACCAAUAACAACAACAACAACAAUACCAACAAUAAUAACAACAACGGUAAAAUCAUCAGUUACGGAUGCUGUAUGGCCCGUACAACAACAACAAAAAUAUAACGGUAUCAAAGGAGGUGGAAAUAGAAAUAUGAAUAAUGGAAAUCCGAUUGAAAUGUCAAAAUUUAGUCGUGUUAUACAGCAACAUAAAGCUAAAUCAAUAGCUGCAAAACAACAACAACAACAACAACAGAAUCUAAAGCCAAAACAACAACAACAACAAUUUCAAUCAUUUCCAAAAACAUCAACAACAGCCUCAACAAUUAAUAAUAAUAAUAAUAAUAAUUUGAUAACAAAAUUUACACGACAUAAAUUUGCACAUCAAAGUCAAUUAACACGUACAACACCAUUACCACAAUUAUUAUCAACAUCAACACAAAAUGGUCAUUCAUCGUCAUCAUCAUCAUCAUCGCCACCGAAAUCAUUACGUUUUCAAUCAUCACCAAUGAUGAUGAUGAAAAAAAUAACACCAUCACCAUUGCCAUCAUCACGAAUGAUAUCAACAACAACACGAUCGGAUAAUAAAUAUUUUCGAACCUAA